AUGAGAGAGGUUAUUAGUAUCAAUGUCGGACAAGCUGGUUGUCAAAUCGGUAAUGCGUGCUGGGAAUUGUAUUCUCAAGAACAUGGUAUUAAACCAGACGGUUAUUUGCAAGAAGGUUUAACCAGACCAAAAGGAGGAGAAGAAGGAUUUAGUACAUUUUUCAGUGAGACCGGAUCAGGUAAAUAUGUUCCUCGUGCGUUAUAUGUUGAUUUAGAGCCAAAUGUUAUUGACGAGGUGAGAACUGGUGUUUACAAAGAUUUGUUCCAUCCAGAACAAUUAAUCUCGGGAAAAGAGGAUGCAGCUAAUAACUAUGCCAGAGGUCACUAUACCGUUGGAAGAGAGAUCUUAGAUGAUGUUUUGGAUAGGAUUAGAAGAAUGAGCGAUCAAUGUGAUGGAUUACAAGGGUUCUUAUUUACUCAUUCAUUGGGUGGUGGUACUGGUUCAGGUUUGGGCUCCUUGUUGCUCGAGCAAUUAUCGAUGGAUUAUGGUAAAAAGUCAAAGUUGGAAUUUGCCGUUUAUCCUGCACCACAAGUUUCCACUUCGGUUGUUGAGCCUUAUAAUACUGUUUUAACUACACACACCACUUUGGAACAUGCUGAUUGUACAUUCAUGGUUGAUAACGAGGCUAUUUACGAUAUGUGUAGAAGAAAUUUGGAUAUCCCGAGACCAAAUUUCAGCUCGUUAAACAAUUUGAUUGCUCAAGUGGUUUCCUCGGUGACCGCAUCAUUGAGAUUUGAUGGUUCAUUGAAUGUCGAUUUGAACGAAUUCCAAACCAAUUUAGUGCCAUACCCAAGAAUUCAUUUUCCAUUGGUGAGUUACGCACCAGUAUUCUCCAAAGCCAGAGCUAACCAUGAAGCUAAUUCAGUUUCCGAAAUUACACAAUCUUGUUUUGAGCCAGGUAACCAAAUGGUUAAAUGUGAUCCUAGAACAGGUAAGUAUAUGGCUACUUGUUUAUUAUACCGUGGUGAUGUUGUUACUAGAGAUGUUCAAAACGCAGUUGCUCAAGUCAAAUCUAAAAAGACAGUUCAAUUGGUUGAUUGGUGUCCUACUGGCUUCAAGAUUGGUAUUUGCUAUCAACCACCAACUGCUAUAAUCGGUAGCGAAUUAGCCAGUGCUGCAAGAGCUGUUUGUAUGUUGUCCAACACUACCGCCAUUGCCGAAGCUUGGAGAAGAAUUGACAGAAAGUUCGACUUGAUGUAUUCCAAGAGAGCUUUCGUUCACUGGUAUGUUGGAGAAGGAAUGGAAGAGGGCGAGUUUACUGAAGCUAGAGAAGAUUUAGCUGCAUUGGAAAGAGAUUAUGUCGAAGUUGGAACCGACUCUUUCCCAGAAGAAGAAGAGGAAUAUUAA